AUGACAGAAGUGACGCCAGCAAAAGCACUUGAACCUGUGGCUAUUUUCGGGUUCGAUGGACAUGUUCCGAAUGGACUUCGAGUUCAUCCCGAUGGCGUUCACUUGAUCUUUCCAUUGGGGAACAAAGUUGCCAUUUUGAAUUAUCAAACGGACAAACAGGAGUUUUUAUGUGGACACACUCACACCGUUUCAUGUCUCAAUAUCUCAAACAGUGGAUCGAAAAUUGUUUCCGGGCAAGUAAAUUACAUGGGAUACCGAGCUUAUGUCAUUGUUUGGGACUGGGAAACGAAAACGGAGAUUUUACGGCAUGAAUUGCACAAAGUUCGAGUGGAAUCGGUUUGUUUCACGUCAAAUGAGACAUAUGUCAUUAGCUUGGGAGGACGUGAUUGUGGGACAGUGGUCGUUUGGAACAUUGAAAAAAAUGCCCCAUUAUGCGGAGCUCAAUCCUCGAAAGAGACAACGGGACAUGCCUCACGUUUAUGCAGUCUUGGACAUCGUUCCUGCGUUUUUAUCACCGGUGGAGAACAAAACUUACGACUUUGGUGCAUCGACAUGGAACACAAGCGUCUCUUUGUGCACGACGUGGCAAUGGGCAAGCUCGGUCGCGACUUUACCAGCAUCAAAAUCGAUGAAAAUGACGAAAUGAUGUAUGUGGGAACGAUGAGUGGCGAUGUCGUUAAGGUCAGAUUGAAUUGUCACGAGAACCCGGAUGUCAUUGAUCGUGAAAAAGCUCCCGUUUUGCUUGGUUGCUAUGGACGUCAUAAUCCACGAAAGCCGCCUGGCAAAGAUUGUGAGAAAUAUAACAAUGGGGUGCGAGAUUUGUUGCUUUUGGCGCCGGGAUAUUUGCUUAUCGGGGCUGGCGAUGGCCAAAUUGAGUUAGUUGAGGAACGAAAUUGUAACUUUAAGAAUUAUAAAAAUCCGACGUGGCCGCAGUUUAAGACCAUUCGUCGUGCUCGCGUUUGCGGUCCAAUUUCCAGCAUGCAACUGUUGUCAUCGGAUAUGGUGUUAGUUGGGACACAAUCAUGCGAAAUUUACUCGCUUUGUUUGAAGGAUUUCGACUUGAAGUUGCUCAAAACGUGUCAUACGAGCACGGUGCAUGAUAUCGCAUUUCCAUACAACUUUUCCCUGGUUUUCGCCACUGCGAGUUACGAAUCGAUUCGCGUUUGGUCUGUGACAAAAUUCCAAGAGUUGCUCCGGAUUGUCGUGCACAAUUUCCAAGCGGCAUCCGUUUUAUUUUCACGCGAUGGCAAAAGUAUCGUGUCCGCAUGGAAUGACGGCGUUAUCCGAGCUUUCACACCACUCACGGGAAAACUCAUUUACGCCAUUCCGAAUGCCCACAAUAAGGGAUGUUCGGCCAUUGCGAUGGCUUCAAACUGCAAAAUUCUCGUUUCUGGCGGCAUUGAAGGGCAAGUUCGUGUUUGGCGCAUCGAACCGAUGAAUCAACGGCUGAUUGGCGUCUUGAAGGAACAUUACGCGCCCAUCACUUCGGUCGUCAUUAACAGCUUCGACACGGAAAUUGUCUCGUCCUCGAGUGACGGCAGCUGCAUAAUUUGGGAUUUGGUGCGUCUUCAACGGCGUCACGUCUUAUUUGCCCACACGCAGUUCAAUUGUGCCACUUUCCUGCCGAAUGCGGUGCAAGUCUUGACUGCUGGCUCCGACAAAAGCAUCAGUUACUGGGAAGUUUACGACGGAUCGCAAGUUCGGGAGAUUCAAGGCUCCAAAACGGGUCCCGUGAAUUUUAUUGACAUCGAUUCGACGGGAACUCAAUUCGUGUCAUGCGGCGAAGACCAAAUUGUUCGUCUCUGGGACUACCAAAAAGGCGAAGAGCUCUGUCACGGAGUUGGUCAUGCUGGGGUUGUGACAGUUUGCAAAUACGCGCCAAACGGGAAAUUUAUAGUGAGUGGCAGUUUUGAUGGCGGCGUCUUUAUUUGGCGCAUUCCCGAGGAAUAUCAAAUUUGUGAAGAAUCAGCAUCGCGAGAGCCAUCGGGGAAUGUUGCCAAGAAAAAAGGAUCGAAAUUGCGUCCGAUUGAGAAUGUUAAUCAAUUAAAUUCGCGCGUUAAGACGCCAUGUCACAUUUGUGAGUGUCCGAAAGUCGAUACGGAAAAACAGCCGAAUAUCGAUCCGUGUGUGAAGCCGGAUGAUUUGCUGGAAACGGCAUCGGUCAAGUCAGAGCCACGGUCCGAAGCAAGUGCUAAUAAGAAGAUGACUGAACGGAAUAACAUCGUUAAUACCUAA